AUGUCAUGGAUCCUCUCCUUCUGCGCGCCCGAGGAACAUCAACCGAUGAAGGACCGCCAUGUCGACAACGACGAAGAGCAUCACAUGACAAAGGAGCAUGCCCCAACAUGGCAGCACAACACGUCAAUACCCGCCGAAGAGGAUCGCAAGCAGCUGAACCUCACGCCGUGGCUAUAUGCCUUGACAGGAGGAGCGGCCACAAUCGGCGCCUGGAGACUUCGCAACCGCUACUUUCGCCGCAUCCCAAAUGUCGGCUACCUCCUACCACACACCCUCCGCAAGCGGACCUACUUUGGCUAUGUGACCAGCGUCGGAGACGGUGAUGGUUUCCGCCUAUACCAUACACCAGGAGGUCGGCUGGCAGGCUUCACUUGGCUGCGCAAGAUACCCCAGAAGAAGCAGGAGCUUAAAGACCAGACCCUCAGCGUCCGCAUAGCGGGCAUCGACGCUCCUGAAUGCGCUCACUUCGGCAACGAUGGUCAGCCUUACGGUCCAGAAGCACUAGCAUGGCUGAGAUCGAAGCUUGAGGGCCGCUUUGUGCGCGUGCUGCCUCACAGCAAGGACCAGUACCAACGUAUUGUGGCUACGGCGUGGGUGCGGAAAUGGGGCAUCUUCAAGAGCGAUGUUGGUCUGGAGAUGCUGAAGAAUGGUCUUGCUACCGUCUACGAGGCGAAGACAGGAGCCGAGUUUGGCGGGAAGAAGGACGAGUAUCGUGCAGCUGAGACGAAGGCUAGGGAGAAGAAGCUGGGAAUGUGGCAGCAGCCGGGGAUCGUGGAUAGGGUGCUGUUUGGGAAGAAAGAGAAGAGGCAUGUCGAGACGCCGAGAGAGUACAAGUCGAGGACUGCGAGACCGGAGGAUGGGAAGUGA